AUGGAAGGAAAACUCCAAAGACGUCAAGACAAUGACCCUGACAAAUAUAACCCUAAAAAAGUUUACGUUAGAGAAGAUAUGAUUGCAGCUACCAGUGUCUUGCAAAUUAGGGCGAGUGAAAUACGCCAAUCUCAAAUAAAUUGGCAAUCUUAUUUGCAGUCUCAGAUGAUCACUCAACGUGAUCAUGACUUUAUUGUGAACCUGGAUCAGCGGGGCCAGAAGGAUUUGCCUGAUAAAAACCCUGAAGCUUGUGCAGAUGUCUUCCUUAACUUACUAACGCACAUCUCUAAAGACAACACCAUUCAGUACAUACUUGUUCUUAUUGAUGACAUUCUAUCUGAAGAUAAGUCCAGAGUCAAGAUUUUCCGCGAAUCCAGGCAUGGAAGCAUUUGGCAACCUUUCCUGAAUCUGCUGAACCGUCAAGAUGAAUUUGUGCAGCAUAUGACAGCUCGCAUCAUUGCAAAGCUAGCAUGCUGGCACUCACAACUGAUGGACAAGAGUGACCUACAUUUCUAUCUGUCUUGGCUAAAGGACCAGCUCAAAGUGAAUGCUGAGAAAAUGUCUGCCGAGUUAGCGCAUGCUGAGCAGGUUAUGUUGGCGCACGAAAAACAGCAUUUCGCCGAUAAACACAAACAUCACAAGGAUAAGGAGCCUGAAGGAGCCAACGAGAAAUAUUCGAGCCUUUACAGCUCUUUUGAUGAAGUCAAAUCGCAUGAGGAUUUACCACCAGGUCUCCAUAAGAACAAUGACUACAUCCAGUCGGUGGCGCGCUGCCUUCAAAUGAUGCUUCGCAUUGAUGAAUACCGCUUCGCCUUUUUGUCCGUGGAUGGUAUUUCUACUUUACUGUCCAUACUGGCUUCAAGAGUCAACUUCCAGGUGCAAUAUCAACUGGUCUUCUGCCUUGACUCUGUGAAGGAAAAAGUUACGCGAAUUGUCCUUGCUGUCUUCAGAAAUCUCAUAGAGAAGCCUGAAGAUCAACAGGUUGCAAAGGAGCACUGCAUUGCUAUGGUUCAGUGCAAGGUCUUGAAGCAGCUUUCCAUCUUAGAACAGAAGCGUUCCGACGACGAGGACAUUAUGAACGACGUUGACUUCCUCAAUGAGCGCCUACAAGCCUCGGUGCAAGAUCUUAGCUCAUUUGACCAAUACGCAACUGAGGUUAAGAGUGGCCGACUGGAGUGGUCCCCGGUGCACAAGUCGGCCAAGUUCUGGCGCGAGAACGCCGCGCGCCUGAACGAGCGCGGCCAAGAGCUGCUCCGCACCCUCGUCCACCUGCUGGAGAAGAGCCGGGACCCAGUAGUACUGGCCGUGGCCUGCUACGACGUCGGAGAGUACGUGCGUCACUAUCCUCGAGGCAAACAUAUUAUCGAACAGUUGGGAGGAAAGCAGCGCGUUAUGCAUUUGCUAAGCCACGAGGAUCCUAACGUGCGUUACGAGGCCCUACUCGCCGUUCAAAAACUUAUGGUCCACAACUGGGAAUAUCUUGGCAAGCAGUUGGAAAAGGAGCAAAUUGAUAAACAAGGCGGCACUGCUGUUGGAGCUAAGGCC